AUGGUUACUAGAGUCGCAUCUCACGGCCCGCGACACAUACCCGAACCUAUGCAGGAGUUUACCUUCUUAACGAACCUGAGCAACGACUCCGACCAGCUUACAGAGGACGUUUCCCCUGCUCCGCAGCCUGUCGAUGUCGUUGAAGGCCUAACACAAGACCAAGCUAUUCAAGCACUGUUGAAGGACGGCAUGGAUCAGCAGGAUAUUAUGCAAUGUGUUCAAGCAUAUAAGAAGGCGAGUGAAGGCAACUUCUUAGCUAUGAUCAAGGCUAUUUCGUAUAUCCCACACGAGGCCUUGCUCGUCAGAAUUCAGGCAGCCGGCACCGUACUUGAAGCUGUCUCGAAGAUCAGCGACACAACACCUCCAUCACAGUUUAAGCGUCCGCGUCCUAACGACAUCAACGACAUCCCUAAGUACACUGGCAAACGCGAGCGAAUGGACUCCGUGUACGAUCAUCCACCAGUUAUAGACCGAAGUGCAAACAGGACUACUAAGCGGUACCGCCUAGAUACGGGCACGUAA